GCGUCACAAACAGCUGAUGCGGGAGACGAAGAGGAGGAAGAGGAGGAGGCAGAGGAGCAGCCAGGCGUGUUUCCUCUAUUUACCAUGACUUCCAGCUGUCCCAGGUAGCCCCGCGUGACAUGACCUCCAGAAGCAGAGUAUUAUCAAAAGUAUUCCCGUAGCAUUAGUUCAUCUCCUAGAAGGCCUGCUCGUUGAGGCGUAGAAUCGCAGCACACCAUGGAGUCGUCUUAUCUAUACUUCCUUCCCCUCACUGUGUUUGUACUCUUCCCGGCAACCUUCAUCAUCACGUACAUCAUAUCAGUCUUGCUAAGGCACACGGAGCCAGACUUCCCCUACAUCAGUGACACAGGCACCUACUCCCCUGAAAGCUGCAUCUUCAGCCAGGCUCUCAACAUUGGGGCAGUGGCCAUCCUCAUCACAAUCUACGUGCGCUUCCGCCAGAUCGCCGAGCUCUACCGCAACCACUCUUCCUCUGCCAACAUCGUGAGGCUCAACCGUGUGGGCCUCUGCGUUGGGUCAUUCGCGGCUCUUGGCAUAUCCAUCGUCGCAAAUUUCCAGGAGACGAAUGUAUUUUUUGUGCAUAUAACGGGAGCUCUCAUAGCGUUUGGCCUCGGAACAACGUAUCUUUGGGUUCAGGCUAUGUGUUCGUACCAGACGCACCCUCUGGUCAACAGCCUCGCCAUGGCCCAUGUUCGACUCGGCCUGGCGGUGGUGGCCUCGGUCUUCUUCGUGAUUGGCUGCGUCUGUGCCAGCAUCGCCCACACGCAGUUCGAUGGUGACAACCCCCGGAAGUGGUACCCCGGUGAUGGUGGAUGGGGCUUCCACGUGGCCAGCACUGUGUCGGAGUGGGUCUGUGCCGCCGCCUUCAACUUCUUCAUGCUGACGCUGGUGGAUGAGUUUAAGAGCAUCUCCAUGGACCCUCCGCAGGUGUAUGUGUCUGUCGAUACACUUGCACCCACCCAGUACAGCGGGAUCGGGGAGCAGGACCAGACAACAGACGACGUGCAGGCCAUCCUCUCGUCCCACUCCUACAUUACCUGAGGAACACCCACCCAGUCAGCUAGUCACGGGCCUGCUGGCUGCUUCCUGGAGGGUGUUGGGGGGAGUGCCGAUGACGUGAGACGCUUACCAGACUACAGGGGGCAAAAAAACAGUAACCCAGAGUGGCAGAAACUCAAGUUGCUCCUCAGUAGUUGCUUUAAUUUCUCGUGUGAGGGGAAUGUGCUUCUAGACGAUGCGAAUAUAUCGUACAUCGAGGAGUCCCCCGAGGUGAAAAGUGAGGCUUCCCACAGUGGUACGGUGUCGGAAUUCCCGUGUGGGGACAAUAACGACCUUGGUGUUGUCUCGUGCAUAACGUCCCCGGAUAUUCACACAAGUAAAUACGUGACUCAGGAGUGUUCGCCAAUCGAGUGGGAGACGAAUAAGCUGUUCCCGGACAUAAAGAAACAGUCGUGCAGAAACUAUAACUCAUUCGAUACGUCUCCUCCGAUCGAGGGAACCGCGGACCCCAGGGAAGUCUCCAGGUGGCCGUCGUGUCUCCAGGUGGCUGGGGACGAGUCUAGACCCCUGAUAUCGAAGCAUAAUUCACUGUGCUAUAAGAAUACUGAGGGUGCAGGGAACGAGCACGAUUGUUUUGCCAAGAAAGACAGGUUUUACAACAAAGUCUUACCCUUCCCUAUAGUGUCCAAGAGUUUCGGGUCGCAGGAGUACUCAGGUGCUGUUAAUUCGUUAGUGAAAUUCAACGAUGACACAAACUCUCAUUCCGUGUCUCUAAAUUACAGCAAUGUGGAAUGUAAAGGUAGCAAUUUUUCAGUUUUCCAGAAGCCGGUAGUGGCGAGGGACACCAUGAUCCUUUGCAAUGACCUAGACACCGAUUGCCAGGUAGUCCCGUUAUCCUUUAGUCCGAAUGUCCAUCCAGAUGUGGGCUCAGUGCCUCUUAGUAAUUACCAAGUGUCCAUGAUCAACAGCGUGCCUCCAGGAACAUUAGUUAGCUCAUCGUGUAAUAGUAACUCAUUGGUGACGCUCCUGAACCAGACCAAAGACUCCAUCCAGCCCGCCUCGUGGCCUCGCCGGCGCCCACAGUCGCUGCGUGUGGCCAUGUGUUACUCUGACCCUGAGCACCUGCAAGCUGCCAACAUGGAAAACCUGUCGUCUGUGGCUAACCUGCAGGAAAUAGCUUUAGCGGACAUGACUGGAAGAUCACAAGCUGAAGGCUCGUCCUCGACCUCGACCUCAACCAAUGUUUUGUCGAGUAUCGUUGACCCGAAGAAUAGUGGGACAUGGGAGGAGACUAACACUGAAAGGCCACUGAGCAGGAAUGUUGGCGAAAGGGAAAGACCUCCUCUUGAAAACAAAGGUGUGAUGAGACAAGCAAAACCAGGCAGUGCUACCAGAUUGAACACUUCUUAUAGAGAAUCUAUCUUAAAACCAUCAGACAUCAGUAACGAACCUACGCUUAUGUCACUAGCAGCUGCCGAGACAGUUCUUAAGAGUACCGCUUUGCUGUACCCUCUUCUACAGGCUGCCCAGAACUAUGGUGGUGGGUUUGAUGAUGGGUCUCUAAGGUCCCCUAGCAGCGACAAGGAGAACGACCCGGCCAUGCUCUCUGUACGACCCAAAGUGAAGAGUAUCGGCAAUUCCCACUCGCCGAAACGGAAGAAAACAUCGCCAUUGAGGAAAAACAGAUCGCCGAGGAGACAGAGAUCGGACAGCAUCAAGGAAGCUCACCCGAAAUUGCUCUUACCGCCGACAGACGAAAGAAAGAGAAGUGAAAAUGUGUGCGUGAUGGAGGACGACGUGUGGGCUGUGGAUGACUUUCUCCCGGUAUCCAAGUCCGCUAAGACCCAAAGUAUUGUCGAGACGCGGCGUUCUAGCGUUAAGCUGUCCCCAACAUCGACGGUCAAGAGUUCAGUCAGCGGAGUGGAGACAAAAAACACGCUGAAGUCAGACCACAUCAAAGGCAGCACCACUCCAUUUCUCGAUGAUGUGGACCUUAGCAUGAUCAACAGUACGUUCUCCACCGACACUGGGUAUGAGACGGAGACCAACACGAACUCUGUGAGCACGGAGGACUGCAUUACGGUACGUGACAAGGAUACGAAAUCAAAGGAGGUCAUAUCACCGCGUUCCAUAACCCGAGGAAACAGUGUAAUGGACAGUAUGAAUUUCUUACCCUGCGUUCCUUCACCUCAUACCACACCAGUCAACAUCUCCGGCACGACAACCCCCAACACAGUAACAGAAGACCUCACCGACUACUUUAGCAUAUGUUCCGAACUGGCGAACUUGGUGAACGUAUCUAACAACAUAUAUCAAAAGGACGCUGGUGAUGACACAGCCGACUACUUAAGCAUUUCCUCAGAGCUGCCUGGCAUGUUCAAGCUACCCGAGGACAGUCCAUGCAGUGACCUUGACGCGGUGAAACAAACCUUUGCGGAUGAGGCUGACAAUAUUGACCUUACAACCAGGCUACCCACACGUGAGCAGACCUUAACCAACCCUCGUGACUCACUGGCAAAUGAGGAAUCUUUGACAGCUGUCGACGACCCUGAGAUUGAGGAUGUCUUGAGCCCCCACGAGGAUGUUUCAAGUGAUCAGAGUCAGUCGAAUUCCUCCUUGCCCUCCCCAGUGGACACGCCCUCACAGGAGCUGAUUGAGGUGAAAUACAUGCAGCUAUCCCUCAGUAUCGUGUUGGCCAUCGUUCUUCAUGCCAUGCAGAGUAUAUCGCAGUUCAUGCUGGAGAUCUUCCUCGCCACGGAGCAGGAGGAUCGCUGGGACUGACAUGAGGAUCGCUGGGACUGAUUAACCCCUUGAAUAUGGACUUCCUACCAAGCUACAGGAAUGAGACAAAAAGUGGCUGCUACAAUUCAAUGAAGAAAAAUGUAGAGUCAUGCACCAUGGGAGGGGAUAUCCAGCUUACCAAUACCA